AUGUUUUUACCAAGAUCUGUUAAAGUCAAGAGGACUGCUGAUGAGGACAGAAGUUGUACAGCUAAGAAAAAUAAAUUGUCUUCUGGAGGAUCUUUGCUAGAGGAGACCACUGAGUUUCAAGACUGUAAGUCAGUUAGAACAGAAACUUCUCCUUCAAGAUGCAAUUUGAACGAAGUUGUACAAGAACGGACAGAACCUGUAGCUGGAGAUCUUAAUGUUGCUAAUACAACUUUGGGAGAGGACAACCAAAAUCCUGAUGAAGAUAGGUCUUCAGAAGAACCUGUAAAAUCCUUCAGCAAAUCCCAGCGUUGGGCAGAACCUGGAGAACCUGUAUGUGUUGUGUGUGGUCGCUAUGGAGAGUAUAUCUGUGAUAAAACAGAUGAAGAUGUUUGUAGCUUGGAGUGUAAAGCCAAACACCUUCUACAAUCUCAAGAAAAAGAAAAAAAGCUAAAAUCUGAUCAACUCACAAAAGCAGAAUCUCCAGCGGAAGCUCAUGUGCUUAAUACGCCUUAUUUCUACAAAGAUCAUUCCUUUAUUUUAGGUUUGCGAUAUGAGCAGAUUGAGAACCUUAAACUGCAGCUAGGUAUUGCUGUCCAGGGCCAGCGAGUUCCAAGACCUAUUGUAGAGUUUGAACACUGUGGUUUUCCUGAAACUUUAAAUCAUAAUUUAAAGAACUCUGGCUAUGAAGUCCCAACUCCCAUCCAGAUGCAAAUGAUCCCUGUUGGACUAUUAGGGAGGGAUAUUGUGGCUAGUGCAGACACGGGCUCCGGAAAAACAGCAGCCUUCCUACUCCCUGUUAUUAUGAAGGUUUUGGAAGAGACAGAAACUCCAUCUGCCCUUAUUUUGGCACCAACAAGGGAGUUAGCAAUUCAGAUAGAGAGACAAGCUAAAGAACUGAUGGCUGGUUUACCAAACAUGAGAACAGUUCUCCUGGUAGGAGGUUUACCACUACCACCACAGCUUCACCGUCUCAAGCAAAGUGUUAAGGUUAUAAUAGCAACACCUGGAAGACUAAUUGAGAUUUUAAAGCAAAGUUCUGUUCAGCUGCAUGGCAUAAAAAUUGUAGUGGUGGAUGAAGUGGAUACCAUGUUAAAAAUGGGUUUCCAGCAGCAAGUGUUGGAUAUUUUGGAAGACAUCUCUCAUGAUCAUCAAACCAUAUUGGUGUCAGCCACUAUUCCGGUGGGCAUUGAACAGUUAGCAAAUCAGCUUCUGCACAAUUUUGUCAGAAUAACAAUUGGAGAGAAGAAUCUUCCUUGUUCCAAUGUUCGCCAAAUUAUCUUGUGGGUAGAAGAACCAUCUAAAAAGAAAAAGCUCUUUGAAAUAUUAAAUGAUAAGAAACUCUUCAAGCCUCCAGUGCUGGUGUUUGUGGACUGUAAGCUAGGAGCAGAUCUGUUGAGUGAUGCUGUUCAUAAGAUUACAGGAUUGCAGUGUACAGCUAUGCAUUCUGAAAAGUCUCAGGUGGAAAGAACAGACAUAUUACAG